AUGGAAUUAUCCUGGAGUUUACUAGUAUUACGCUGUGAAGUGUUCGUACUGCUUCUUCUGGUCAGGCUGGUUGUGGAUCAGGUGAUCAUCCGGCAAGAAUACCACACACAGGAGGAGGGAGGGGCCGGCGUGCUUAUUGGUAAUGCGGGUAAAGACAGCGGCUUGUACGAUAAAUUCCAGAAAGAUUUCCAGAAAGUUCUAUUCAAACCAUUCGAGCACGGCAACGAUUACAUCUCCUACUUCUCUGUCGAUUCAUCUAAUGGGGUCAUCCGCACGGCCAAGAACUUGGACCGGGAGACUAUCUGCCCUACUGACCCCAUUUGUUCUGUGAAGCUGAGUAUUCCCGUCUACAGCUCGCCCGCGGCGGCCUCCCCAAUUUUGGACAGCGUUUUAGAGGUGGUUAUUUUUAUCGAUGAUAUCAACGAUAAAAGCCCUACGUUUCCUAACCGAGUGGUCAAUCUCUCGGUACCGGAAAACCAGCCAAUCAACUAUCAGGUAGAGACCAGCGUGGCUACAGACGAAGACGCUCCGGGAGACAACUCUAGGAUCACGUACAGACUUGACCCUGCCAUUGACGUGUUUGAGCUGAGCACGGUCAGGACAGCAGACGGGGUCGAGGAUCUGGUCAUCACGGUCAAGAAGGUUCUAGAUCGGGAGACCAGAAGUCACUACCAGCUAAAGGUCGUGGCCACAGACCUGGGCAAGGAGCCCAAAUCUGGGACAGUGUUGAUAAACGUUUAUGUGGCAGACAUGAACGAUAACGCGCCCGUUUUUGGGCGGUUAAAUUAUUCAGUGAACAUACUGGAAAAUUCUGACGUGACCAACCCGGUUGUGAUAGUUUCUGCUAGUGACCAAGAUGAAGGGAACAACUCCCGUUUGUCUUAUGCCUUAAGCGCGCAAGUUUCUGCAGAGAUCCAAAACACUUUCGUCGUGGAGCAAAACACGGGGAAAAUUUUCACCAGGCGAGAGUUGGAUUUUGAGACCAAGAAAAACUACCAGUUCCACAUUGUCGUCUCGGACAACGGGAGCCCGCCGAAGUCAAAUUUCGCUUAUGUCACCGUAAAUUUGAUCGACGUCAACGACAACCCGCCAGUCAUUCAGGUCAACCAGGCACUGGAUGUGGGCAGUGUGGUGGAGAACGGGGCAGUGGGAAAGUUCCUGGCCUUCAUCAAAGUCUCUGACGCCGACAGUGGGCUCUAUGGGAAGGUUUCCUGCAGAAUUGAUGAUUCUAAUUUCAUUCUGGAAGCUGUAGAUGAUUCCAGCGUGGGGAUUUAUAAAAUCAAACUCAAUCAGAUGUUGGACAGAGAAGAGGCGCCAACACGGAAUGUAGUUAUUACGUGCCAAGAUGGCGACGUCCGUCCAUUGUCCGCGUCUGCUACACUUUCUGUCCCAAUCGAAGACGUCAAUGACAACUCGCCCAAAUUUGUGGACAGUAAAUUGUCCGGCACAGUUAUGGAAAAUGGAAAAGACGAUAUGUAUAUCAUGCAAAUUGAAACCGUAGACCCGGACAUGGGCGAAAACAGCCGAGUGACGUAUGCGAUUUCUGGGGGAAGGAAUGCCUCCCUAUUUGCGAUCAAUCAGACUUCGGGUGCUAUCUAUACUACGCGCAUGCUUGACAGGGAGAUCCAAAGUGAGUACCUGCUGGAAAUAACAGCUUCAGACCAUGGUGCCCAGCCUUUGGCGUCGUCUGCUACCGCAACAAUCAAAGUACUGGACGAGAAUGAUAACCCGCCAAAAUUCCGGAAGCAAGCUUUCCUCAACAGUAUAAAGGAGAACUUGCCUGCAGGAUCUCCAGCAGGAGAUGUGUCUGCCUACGAUGCAGACACGGGAGACAACGCCAAGUUUAACUUCUCUAUCGUUAGUCAGGGCCCUGGUGCUGAUGACGGGAUGUUGUUCACCGUUGACCCCAUGUCCGGCCUCCUCAAAUCUGAAGUAACCUUUGACCGAGAAGGGAAAAGGUUGUACAGCUUCCAGGUGAAGGUCGCCGAUCCCGCUGUGUCUACAUACUUCGAUAUCGCCAACGUUACUGUAACUAUAGAAGAUGACAAUGACCAUGCGCCUGUGGUUGUCAAACCCCCGCCAUCAGAUCGUACCUUUCGCUGUCCGUUUAACCUGACAGUUGGCAGCGUCAUUACAACUUUUGUUGCCACCGACCAGGACGACCCGCGACUUGUGGAGAUCUCGUUCUAUAUUCAGAACAAGGAGACUAAGAAACCGUUGUUUUCUAUUGACCCAACCUCGGGAAAGCUGCGACUAGCCAGGCAGAUCCGCCCAGAGGAUGUGACCACGUAUUCAUUGAACGUUGUUGUCAAAGAUGGAGUGGGUCCGUCAUCGCGAUCAACUGUUGUUGCUGUGUCCAUCACUGUUGAAGAAGGCAGUGAGGAAGCAAUGAGGGCCUUCAGUGAGGGCUCUAAAACUAACAUGGUUAUUGUUAUCAUCAUCAUCGCGGCAACCCUCGUCCUUGCCUUCAUCGUCAUUAUCGUCAUCUGCCUUAUCAGACGUGUGGAUAAAAAACGUCACGCCCAGAGUCAAUCUUCCGUGGCCAACAUGGACAACAAACUUUAUCAAGCUGCCCAGUGGGUCAGUACAGUGUCCGUGACAAAUGACCAUGGCCCUGAAGAGAUCAGAUCAACUUUGGAAGUUCCAGGAGAGAAGAAAAAGAAGAAAGAGGUUAGUUUUUCUCUUGAGGAUGAAGUGGUGGAGUCUCCUGAUACAAGUGGGUCUAUCUGCAGCGUCUUCUCGUCUCUGCCUAAUCCUGCUAAGGGAGGGACCAAACAAGUUGACUUCAUCGUUCUAAAUGGGAUGACCACUCCAGACUACAGCCAACAUCUGUAUGACGCAAACAGCACCUCGACUGACCAUCAGGACGAGCGCCAGUUUAUGGAGGUCAGACAGACGGAAGACAGGUACAGCGAUGCGUCCUCGGGAGACACCGGAACAAGUGACAGUGGGCGUGGCUGUAGUGAAGAUGAGAGUCAUGGUCACACAAACUCUUCUGUGGAUGGAGGUAAAUUGAUUAAUGCUCGCAAACUUCUACUGUCAAGUUCUCCAGCAAACGGAGUUAUACCAGUACCCGUUAAUCGCCUUUUACAAAAUUCGUGUUGGGUUACAAGGCUACUAUUAUCUGCCUUCCUGGCCGCCGGUCACCUUCAGUACUCCUCGACCAAAACUUUCCCUCCAUCUUGCCUCGCACAGUACUCCUCUGCCAACAAAACCCCUACACCCUGCCUCCCCCAGUACUCUAGAGUAAGAACGGCCUUGCACCCUGCCCUCUCUAGUAUUCUACCGACAAAGCACUUGGACCCUGCCUCCCCCAGUACCUCACUCAAGACACCCUUGCACUCUGCCUCUUCUAGUACUAUAACGAGGACGCCCCUGCACCCUGCCUCCACCAGUACUCUACAAAGACGCCCCUGUGCCCUGCCUCCCCCAGUACUCUAG